AUCUCGCUCCCAAACCCCAAUUAUCCGCUUCUAUCCACAGUCGCUAGCCGCUCCAACGGCAGCCAUGGCUUCCAUCACCCUCCUCUCCCUCGCUCCCACCGCUACCUUCCUCCACAUCCCGGCCUCCACCUCCUCCUCCCCCUUCGUUGCCGCUCCCGGAAUCCUAGCCGGCCGCCGGGCCGCGUCCCGCGCCCUCCCGCUCCGCGCGCGCCCGCCCCGCCGCAUCACCGUCGUCUGCAGCGCCGCUGCGGCGGCAGCCGAGGCCUCAGACGCCGCGGCGCCAGUCGAGAAGUUCCGGCUGGACAACCUGGGACCGCAGAAGGGGUCGCGCCGGCGGCCCAAGCGGAAGGGACGCGGUAUUGCUGCAGGCCAGGGCGCGAGCUGCGGGUUCGGUAUGCGCGGGCAGAAAUCGCGCUCGGGGCCCGGCGUCCGGCGCGGGUUCGAGGGAGGGCAGAUGCCGCUCUACCGCCGUCUCCCCAAGCUACGGGGCAUUGCCGGCGGAAUGCACAUUGGGCUGCCGAAGUAUGUGGCAUUCAAUUUAAAAGACAUAGUGCGUGGUGGAUUCAAAGAUGGCGACGAAAUCUCACUGGAGACCCUGAAAUCACGGGGUCUGAUCAAUCCAUCAGGCAGGGAAAGGAAGCUUCCACUGAAGAUCUUAGGAGAUGGGGAUGUAUCGGUUAAGUUGAAUAUCAAGGCUGGAGCGUUUUCAGCUUCGGCUAAAGAGAAGCUUGAGGCAGCUGGUUGUUCCCUGACUCUGUUACCUAAACGGAAGAAAUGGCUUUCACAAAAUUAUCUGAAGAACCAAGCCCGUGCAGAAGAGUACUUUGCCAAGAAAAAAGGUGGUGCUGGUGAAUCUGAUAGCGGCACUGUGUAGACUUCCUAUGUGAUGUACUCCUCUUCUCUUUCUUUUAGCAUAUGCUUAUUGCUCCCCUUUUUGUUCUUAAUUUUUUGUGUACCAUGAAUUUUGUAUCUAUGUCAUGCAAUUAUUUCAUCCCAUCUUGUAAGUUGCGACCAAUAUGACUGUGUAGUAUGCCAUAGUGCUCUCUGAAGAUCUGUUUCAAAGAAAGCCUGCAAUCAUAUGUAUAAGAAGAAACCCAGAGAUCAGGAUGAGUGUAAAUCCAGUUCAAAAGAAAAAGAUCAAUUUAUAAUACCA